GUGGACCUGGCCGGGUCUGAGCGAGUUAUGAAGACUGGCGUGGCUGGAACACAGCUGGAGGAGGCCAAGAACAUCAACAAGAGCCUCCUGGCACUGGGUCAAGUCAUCUAUGCUUUGGCGCACAAGCAGAAGCACGUUCCGUACCGAGACUCGAAGCUCACGCAACUCCUCCGCAACUGUCUGGGAGGUAAUGCUCGGACUGCAGUGCUGAUUGCCGUGUCUCCGCACGUCGACAAUGCCGGGGAGUCACUGAGCUCGAUGCGCUUUGGGGCGCGUGCUUCACUGGUGGAGAAUUCAGCGAGCGAGAACGUGGCGGAGAACGUGCUUGAGCUGAAGCGACUCCUUGAGCAUGCUCGGCAG